CUCACAUGAGAGGUCAGCUGCCUUUAAGGUGUUGCCUUGAAUUUAUCAAUCCUGUCGCCAGUUGCUCUUGAGGAACACAGAAUCAGAAACGUCAUUAAUCACAAUCUGCAAGUAUGGCAAACCCUGGAGCAUUCCAGCUCCGGAGAGCAGGGCUCUACAACAUCUAUGUCCUCUUCAUUCUCCUCUUUACCUACCUACUCAACCAGCUGGACCGAUACACUCUUCCGAUAGUUACGACUCCUAUGGCCCAGGAGAUACAUUAUGGGGACCAAGCUUGUCUGGCCAAUACUUCCUUACCGGAGGCGGAGACAAAAGGGUCCAACUGUUCAUCUAUUGUCAAUGAGACCAUUUGCGACUCAAUUAUUGAUGCCAAUGCCACAAAGCCCUGUGAAUGGAACUACAAUGGCGCAGGUUACGACUACCAGCUCCUAGCAGGACCUGUCUUCAUCCUCAUAUUCACUUUUACGGGCUUACCCCUUGGGGUGCUUGCAGAUUUCACCAAUAGGAAGAUUUUGCUGGCGGUCUGUCUGGCAUUCUGGUCAUUGAUGACCCUCUUGAAUGCAUUCGUAAAAGAGUACUGGCAGUUGAUUUUAAUCAGGCUUGGUCUUGGCAUAGGAGAGGCUGGGUGCAAUCCGUUGGCAACCUCCAUCAUUGCUGACUAUUUUACUGAAGACCUGCGUGGAUCAGCAAUUGGAGUCUACAACUGGGGCAUAUACAUUGGAUACAGUUUGUCAUAUGCGAUUGGCAAUGCUGUGACACAAAGUCUGGGUUGGCGUUACGUCUUCAUUGUCAGCGGUGUCCCUGGUCUUGUUGUAGCCAUCAUCUUGGCAUUAACUGUCAGGGAACCAGAUCGAAAGAGAUCAGCCUCUACAGCACAGAUUCAGAACCAGUUGACUUGUUGUGAGAAGACCAAAGGAGUUGUCAUGACCUUCAUGAGCCCAUCUCUGAUCAUGCUUUGUUUGGCUGGCGCUAUAAGAAAUGCUGGGGGUUAUGUAUGGGCCUACAAUACACAGCCUUACUUCCAAAGCAUUGGUCAAACUAGAACAGAAAUUGAAAGCUUUAUGAGCUGGAUCCCUCUGGUCGGAGGUAGUCUUGGAGCCGUUUUAGGAGGCUUCAUCUCUGACAGAUUGGUAAAGAAGAGGGGAACAUAUGGGAGAGUGUUUGUCUUGGUUGUUAGUCAGCUUCUGGCAGCUCCCUUUGCUGCUGGGGCUCUGUUUCUUCCUCCACCAUGGGCUUACAUUAGCCUUAUUCCAAGCAACAUCAUCGGUGAGAUGUGGAUAGGUGUCUUACUCACAGUGGUUGUGGAGCUUCUCCCGGGGAGAGUGCGGACUACAGCCAUCGCACUCUACAUGUUCAUCAUCAGCAACAUCGGAGGCAACAUUCCACUUCUUGUUCCUCUGUUGCAGACUCAGUUCGAAAGUACUGGUAUGAACAAGACAGACAGUUUAAGAGGUGCUCUAUACGUUCUAUUCCCUGGCCUAUACCUAUUGAGUUCUCUACUAUUUAUUCUGAGCAUGGUGGUGCUACGCCGUGAUAUCAACCGUGCAAAGUCAGCCGACUUUUUGCCCAUGACGGAAGAGGAUAGUGAUGGAGAAACAACAGAGGAGCCGAGUUAUGGAGCCAUCGAAGACCGAAUUCCUGAAGGUGGUGAUAACGAAGGUGCGGCCCGACAAAGACAUAGUGGGUCUAUUCUCAAGGACAGUGAUGGCAAAAUGAUUGCUUAGCCUUGCUCAACCAACUGUAUUCAGCCCCCCUAUGACCCAUUUUUGCACAUAAAUGAAGUGGGAUGAAUUAAAGAAAAGAACAGGCAACAUAAAGAAGAUUCUUUGUUUCUCAUCUUCAAUUUAAGAAGAGUGUUAAGAGGCGAUCUCAAGUACGAAAAUUUCUACUUAUUCUUUCUUUUUAUGUAAUGCCAUUUGCAAUCCGCUUUUGUUAAUAAUAUUUGCUGUGCUGAUCAAAAAGUUAAUUGACUGUGAUACUGUAUUUUUGGUUGUUUGUACAUUCAUACUUCGAAUAUGAAACCCUUGUUGUGACCUUAAAUUAAAUGUUGUCGGAAUAAAGGCCUGAAAUGUCAUUGUUUUUGUUUCUAUGGUACAGGUCAUAUGCUCCCCUUCCAAUAAUAUGCUGAAAAAAUGAAAAAGCAUAUCUUUUCAUUGUUUUAUAUUUCUGUAGUUCACCAUGUAAAAUAAAAAAUAAAAAGUGAAAACACCA